UCCUCCAGACCAGCUUCCCUCAGGGGUACCAGGUAGGUAAUGUGAGUAACCAUAUGGGGGCAAUUCCUAUGUAUAAGUUGUCAAUGUAGGUAGUCCACCAAGGCCUUACCAAAAGUAAACGUCAGAAUAGCUUCAGGCAAUUAUUAAUGUUGUCUCUCCCCUCUUGGCGAAAGGUCCGUCUAUUCUAGACUACUUCCGCUGAUUGUGGCUGUUAUGUUAUCCCGGAACGCGAAAUUAACCGAACGACAGGUUGCUAUUCUUGACAUCUCAAUUUAUUGACUAUAGCGAACUCACCUUUACCCCAAUUCGGCCUAUGCCAUGAGAAAUCAUGGAUCAACUUGGCUUUAGGGGAUACGGUUGGGACUUUGUUCCUAUCCGCUCUCAAACACUUCAUACAUUCAAGCACACUCACAAUAUUGCCAGUAUCUCCAGGCUUCAAUGGGUUCAUGACCUCUCCCAGUUUGCCAGAGCUGGCUAUCUACAACUCACAAUAAUUGUUCUUUCUUUUCUAAUCAUUGUCAAACAUUUACUUCACCGACCUUACUCUAAGGUAUUAAAACCUGAAGGCAACGCUCAAAAAAUAUCAUUACCAUUUGAAUUAUGCAGUCAACUUCUACGCGCCGCCUCUUUGGCUUUCUUCGUCGUUGCGACGACCCAGGAUAAUGGCAGAUGGACCAAUGUAGCUGUAUUAGCUUAUGCCUUCAUCCUUGGUCUCCUACGGCUCAUAAACGAUCUCGAAUGGAGACACAUCGCCUUACACCAUGUGAACUUCUCUCUUACUAUUUCUCUAAUCGUCAUUCUUAUAGGGGAGCUUCUCCCAUAUGUCGAUACGAAUUAUAGCAAAAAGUUGAGUGCGAUGGUGAUAUGUGGUAUGUCAACCCUAGGUGCCGCUGUCUUCGUAGCUUUUGUUACGCGAAGGGAAUGGAUACCGCCAUCUUUGGAUCUCGGCAUCUCCGAAAACAUACCAAGUCGAGAGCCGUCACUUGAAGAAACCUGCAGCUGGUUGGAGUAUUACGUAACUUACGAAUGGCUCACUCCUCUCGUAUUGAGGGGUAUGCGUCGAGAAGUAUCUCUCGAUGCGCUACCAAAACUCCCGUGGUACGAUGAGCCAUUAAUCCUGCUUUCCAGGAUCCAGGAGGCGCGACGAAGAGGAAACUCUACAUUCUGGACGUUGGCAUGUUUUCUACGUAAGGAGCUUAUCACUAUGGCAUGUUUCAUUGCAUCGUCUUUCAUCCUCGAAAUGAUAGCUCCGUUCGCUAUGUACAAGUUGCUUGGUUACUUAUCCGCCCCCUCUGACUCCCUCUAUCGGCCUUGGAUUUGGCUUGUACUCCUCUUCAUUGGGCCAUUGUCGCGUGCCGUGUGCGCUGAACAAUACAUAUUCACAUCGACCCGUUUGGUCGUGCGUAUUAGAGCUGCGUUGACCCAGGAAUUAUACUAUAAAGCGAUGGGGUCCAUGGAAUUAGACGAUGAUGUAUUCGCCGAAAUUGCUUCCACGGGGAAAGAAAAGGAAAAGAAUCAGCAGAAUACUACAUCAACGGGACGCCUGGCAAACCUAAUGGGUGCUGAUAUAUACGCCAUUGCGAGAGGUCGAGAAAUUGUUCAAGUUGUUUGCGGUAUAUCAGUCGGAACGGCCAUGUCACUUAUUGGAUUGUAUAAGUUGUUGGGCUGGUCAGCUCUGGUCGGCAUUGUUACCAUGGUGCUAUUAACACCGCUCCCUGUCCUAAUCGGCCGGCGUAUGGUGGGCAUACAACGAGAUAUCAAACGGAUUCAAGACUCACGAAUAUCGGUCAUCUCGGAGUACCUUGCCGCAAUCAGAGCUAUCAAAUACUUCUCUUGGGAAGAAGCUAUCAUCAAGCGAGUCAACGAGAUUAGAUUCAGCGAGCAAAGGAGGCUAUGGGCCUUGAAUGUGCUUUUUGUUUCACUCAAUUCGGUCACAGAGGCAAUUCCAAAUCUGUCGCUAAUUCUCAUAUUCACUUUACAGGUGCUCGUGCGCAAAGAACCGCUUACGGCGGACGUCGCAUUUACAGCGAUAACACUGGUUAGAACGUUGCGACGAAACCUUGCAAUGGCAUCGAACAUGUCGCGGAGUUUCACCGCCGCAGGUGUCUCUAUAAAACGUCUAGAUCGUUAUUUCGAUAACACUACGCCCUUACCUUCUCAUCCGGCUGGCAAACUCCAUAUAAAUGAAGCGACUUUCAGGCGCCACAAGAAGGCUGCAUUUGCGUUAAAGGACAUAUCCAUCGAGUUCGUUGAGGGUGGGCUGAACGUAGUGACAGGUCAAAGUGGAAGCGGGAAAACAACGCUUCUUAUGUCAAUUCUUGGCGAGACCAUCAUCGAAGGUGGUUCAAUCACAUGCCCCAAGGAUAUCGCCUACGCCUCUCAAAGCCCCUGGCUACAGAACGAAACCAUCCGUGAGAAUAUUUUAUUCAACAGUCCUUUCGAGCCGGUUCGAUAUGACCGAGUUAUUAACGCUUGUGGUCUACCAAUUGAUUUCGAUGAGUUUCCGGAACGAGAUGAGACUGAAGUCGGCGAGAAUGGAGCCUCGUUAUCUGGCGGUCAGAAGUCUCGAGUUGCUCUUGCACGGGCUCUCUACUCGAAGGCCCCUCUCAUUCUACUCGACGACGUAUUUUCCGCCUUAGAUGCCAAGACUUCGGCGUUGUUAUGGGAAGAAGCUUUUUGCGGAGACCUACUGAAAGGGAGGACAGUUGUUCUCGUCACCCAAUUGCCAUGGAUUGCCCCCCAGGCCGACCUUACUAUAAUGUUAGAGAAUGGUUUAAUCAAAGACAUCCAGCAGAACCUUGGCGUUGUCCGGAAAUCAGUUACGCUGAAUGAAGAACUUAUUGACGAAGGCAACGUUGAUGCAGCUGCGGAAGGGACCGCGCCUCAUUCUAAUGGCAUUACUACCAAUGGUAAGAGUUCUGACGGUGACGCCAAAAAUGUUGAAGAUAAACGCCAGGACGAGGUCAGCCAAGAAGCCCUCAGAACUGGUUCGAGUACCCGCUUGCAGUUCAUUCAAUACAUGCGACUCUUCGGUAAUCCAAUUUACGCGAUGGCUGCUAUUGCUAUGACCAUUCUAUCCACAGCAUCGAUGGUCGGAACCGGAUUGUGGGUCGCUGUUUGGGUUGACGCUUACGAUAAAGACGAUGCGUACGAUAUUGGGUUCUAUCUUGGUAUAUACGCGCUAUGGAGUCUUGGGGAUGUCUUCCUUAGCGGUUUGGCGUAUAUCGCAUACGAGAGCGGUGGUUGGUUUGCAGCGCGAUCGCUACACACUACAUUCAUCAAGGCUGUAUUGAGCGUCCCCCUCUCUUGGUACAAGACCACGCCAAUUGGUCGGGUCGUCAACCGAUUUUCCAAUGACAUGGACUCCAUCGACUCGAUGCUAGUCAGCAUGCUCCGAAUGACUCUCGAGAUGCUCGUACGACUCUGCUUCCAGAUUCUAGCUGUCAGCUCAGUGAUGCCCGUCUUUAUGAUACCCGCCGCCGCUUGCUGUGUCGUUGGAAUCCUCGCCGGAGAAAUGUACACAAGGGUUUCAGUGGCUGUGAAGCGUCUCGUAUCCUCGUCGCAAUCGCCUCUGUUCGCCCAAUUCGCCGAUAGUCUAGCUGGUCUACCCAUAAUUCGCGCCCGCGCAAACAUGCCGCAGAUCUUCGGUAAUCAAUUAGCGGAAAAGCUACGAGUAUUUGAGAAAGCAAGCGAAGCCCAAUUCAACCUGAACCGAUGGGUUGCGCUUAAGGUUGACAUGGUGACUACACUGGUUACACUCUCUGCGGGGGCAAUCGCAAUAUCGAAAGCAGGUCUCGUAGCAGCUGGUCUGGUGGGAUUUUCGUUAACAAAUGCAACAACACUUAGUACCCUCAUCAUAUUUUUCGUGAGGGCAGGAAACGAACUCGAGAUUGAACUACAGAGCUUCCAUCGAGUCCGGGAAUAUGCCAAUGUCGAGCCAGAAGAGAAACCGGAAGAAUACAAGAGUGUCGGCGAGUACUCUGACGAUCCCGAAUCUGCCAUGCCUGAGAAUUGGCCCACGAGUGGUGAAGUCGAGUUCCGCAACGUGACUAUUAAGUACGAUCUAGAUGGACCCGAAAUCUUGAAGAACAUCAAUCUCAAAUUUGCGGCUGGCGAAAGAGUCGCUGUCGUUGGGAGAACUGGUUCUGGGAAGAGUACUCUGGUCCUAUCUCUGCUACGGUUUACUAAUAUCGUCUCGGGUCAAAUACUUUUCGACGGUGUAGACAUCACGAAAUUUCCACGCAAGAAACUCCGAGAAGCGCUUACCAUCAUCCCACAAGAGGCCGUGCUAUUCAAUGGAGAUGUUAAAUCGAAUUUAGACCCAACAGGCACAGUCCCCACAGAAACGUUAGAAAAGGCGCUUCAGUACUGUAGCGGGAUCGCUUCAUUCCAGUACCAUCAAAAUGAAGAACAUGCGCAAAACAAUGGGGUGAACGGCACCAACAUAGACGAGCCGCCGAACGACAUUGGCAUCACCCUUUCAACACCAGUAAAGCCUAAAGGGGAGAAUUUUUCACACGGUCAACGGCAAGUACUCUCGCUCUGCAGGGCUUUGGUGCGCAAAAGCAAGUUGAUGCUACUAGACGAAGCGACCGCAAGUAUGGACUACGAGACCGAUCAAGGGAUCCAGGAGGUCCUUAGAAAGGAAUUGAACGAACAUGGUAGGGAUAGGACACUAGUCACUAUCGCCCACCGAUUAAAAACGAUCAUUGACUACGAUCGAGUCGUGGUUAUGAGCGCAGGCUCGGUUCAAGAAGUUGGAAGCCCGAAGGAGCUAUACGAGGCUAGGGGGCAAUUCUAUGACAUGAUGAAGCACAGCGGGGAAUUUGAGGACCUGGAAAAGUUCCUCGAUACCAAAACAUAAACAUCAUCCUACGAUUGAGAAAAUUUUAUGACACAAAAGUAGAUAGAUAUUUAGAUGGUUCUGACGGUGAUAUUAAAUGCCGUUAAUGUAGAAGGUUUGAAAUACACAAAAGAUUUGUCAACAA